AUGUCGGCGGUAGAGCGGAAACUGCGUGGGUUGAAAAACCGAAAACGCAGUAUAAUAACAUCAUUCACAUGCAUUACGUCCUUCGUCAACAACUUCCAAUCAGAGCGAGAUGCAAUCGAGGUUCCGGUCCGUUUAGAGAAUUUUGUGGCGUUGUGGAAUGAAUUCAACGAGGUACAGGCCGAAUUGGAGAGCAUGGAGGAAUCUGAGGAGACUAUGGAGUCAUACCUGAAGGAACGAACAGAAUUCGAGAAGGCAUACUACCGUGUUAAGGGUAAGCUGCUGCUUUACAAUAAACCCAACACAGAUUCUCAAGACUCUCAGCGUCGGCUUCAGGAGCCAUCCUCGCAAAUGCCCCACAUAAAAUUGCCCGAUGUGCGGCUGCCUGUAUUUAGUGGAGAUUACGAAACAUGGCUCAAUUUCCACGACCUUUUCCUAUCACUCGUUCACUCCUCAGCGCACUUAUCUACAAUCCAAAAAUUUUACUAUUUGCGUUCCUCUCUGGCGGGCGAGGCGCUCAAAUUGAUACAAACAAUUCCCAUCUGCAAUGAACAAUACCCGGUGGCGUGGAAAAUGCUUGAAGACCACUUUUCAAAUCCUCGUCGACUAAAACGCACUUACGUGCAGUCCCUAUUCGACUUCCCAUGCAUGAAGCGAGAAACGGCUUCAGAGUUACAUUCACUCAUCGAAAAAUUUGAAGCUAACGUGAAAAUUUGCAAGCAACUUGGAGAGCGCACCGAGCACUGGGACGUAUUGCUUAUUCAUUUACUCAGCACUCGUUUGGAUACGGUUACAAGGAGAGAUUGGGAGGAGUAUGCUGAGAUGAAUCAAACUACGAAGUUCAGCCAGUUGAUCGAGUUUCUUCAACGCCGAGUGAAUGUUUUGCAAACGGUAGUCUAUAAAUCUGGAGAGACACAACAACAGCCGUCAGCUGUAAAAAAGCCAGUCAUGCAACGUUCUGGAUAUUAUGGAUCAGUACAAGGCAACUCGAGUGGCUGCAUAGCGUGUUCAGGUCCACAUUCCCUCUAUCAAUGCGAAACAUUUUCAAACUACGCCACACACGAGAAAGAGCAAUUUGUGCGUCGGAACCAGUUGUGUAGGAAUUGCUUACGUAGAGGACAUAUGGCGAAGGAUUGUAGUUCGGAAAGUAGCUGUCGAAAAUGCCGUGGUCGUCACCAUACCCAGCUAUGUACAAUCCAGAGAAGUAGUCAAGCAGCUUCGAUUCCUUUACAACUAGAACACUCAAAUUCAACAACGUUACCUACCAACCAAGGCACAGUUUCUUCUACACCAGCUGCACACACGGGGGUAACAAGUUGCAAAGCGCAUGGUGAAGGUACGAGCAAGAUUUUGUUGGCAACAGCUAUUAUUAUUCUAAUAGAUGACAACGGGCAUGAGCACCCAGUUCGUGCGCUGCUGGAUUCGGGAAGCGAAUGUUGUUUUGCCAGCGAGAGAGUCAGUCAGCGAAUGGCUGUUCGUCGCAACAAGGUAGAUCUUCCAAUUGCGGGCAUAGGACAAUCGUCAACGCAAGUACGGUUCAAAUUUCGCUCGACAUUGAAGUCUCGGAUUACGGCAUAUACGGAUGUGGUUGAUCUGUUUGUCCUCCCAAAGGUGACAAUCGAAUUACCUUCCCUUGCCAUUAACACAUCUUCUUGGGCCAUACCGACAGGAAUUCAGCUUGCGGACCCUUCCUUUUACGAACCAGCUGCGAUUGAUGUCGUAUUAGGUGCAGAAGUAUUUUUCGACCUUUUUACAGUGGCAGGUCGAAUUCCUUUGGGGGAUUCUUUACCAUGUCUCGUUAAUUCUGUGUUUAGCUGGGUUGUUUCUGGAAGGACGGCAUUAGCAACCGAUCAUACACCUGUGACAUGCAACGUCGCUACCAUGUCAGAUAUACAUCGUUCCAUGGAAAGAUUCUGGACUAUUGAAGAUGAUACAUCGCCAGCGUAUUCACCGCAGGAAACAUUCUGUGAGCAAUAUUUCCGCGAUACAGUUACCCGUGAUACCGACGGUCGAUAUUGUGUUAGAUUGCCAUUAAAAAGAGAAAAUUUAAGCAAUUUGGGAGAUAACAAGAUCACCGCAUUCCAUAGAUUUCGUCUCAUUGAGCGCCGAUUGAGCCGAGACGUUAAGCUUGCCGACGAGUAUCGAGGAUUCAUGGAGGAGUAUGUACAACUCGGUCAUAUGGAACUAAUCAGUGAAGCUCAAGCUGAGAUACAGCCAUCCUUUUUUCUUCCCCAUCAUCCCGUCAUUCGAGAAGAAAGCAGCACUACCAAGGUUCGGGUCGUGUUUGACGGUUCUUGCAAGAGUGCAACAGGCCUCUCGUUAAAUGACGUCAUGCUGGUAGGUCCAAUAAUCCAAGAAGACCUGCGCUCCAUAGUCAUGCGAUCUUGCCUACAUCCGAUAAUGUUGAUCGCUGAUGUCGCAAAAAUGUUUCGGCAAAUUCGACUGCACCCCGAAGACACUCCGUUGCAGAGAAUAUUUUGGCGAUUUUCACCAUCUGAGCCAGUUAGCAUGUAUGAAUUGAAGACAGUUACGUACGGCACCGCUUCAGCACCGUACUUGGCCACCCGCGUUCUUCAACAGCUACCAAAUGAUGAGCAGCAAAACUAUCCCGUUGCAGCCAAAGCCACCAGCGAAGAUUUUUAUGUGGAUGACUUUCUCUCAGGUGCUAAGACUGUUGAGGAGGCAGUUGAACUGCGUGUUCAGAUGGAAGCAAUGUUCGACUCAGCAGGUUUAAAGCUUCGUAAAUGGGCCAGUAACUCGUCUGCUGCCCUAAUGGAUGUACCAGAAGAGGAUCGAGCACUGCAACAGACCAUCGAGUUCAGUAUGGAUCAAACCAUCAAAUCACUAGGAUUGCAUUGGGAGCCGCAUACAGAUCGUCUGAAAUAUAGGAUCGAAACACCCUGCUUUGAACCUUCCAAGACAGUAACGCUCUGCACUCUCCUGCAUAGCAAAAUUAUUUGA